CAACAACACACAGCCGGACGCGGGCCGGGCGGCUUCAGUUCAGUUGUGUGCCGCGCGCUGGGCGGGAAGGGGGUGAUGAUGCAAAGGCGAUCAUAGGAAUAAUACCAGUGUAUACAUAAAAGACUUCCAUUUUUAUGUCAUUGAAAAGUUAGGUGUUAACCAGUGAUAUAUACUAUUUUUGACUUUAAACCAAAACGAAUUUGUGUUUUGACCGAAGUGAAGAUGAUGCGCGUCCACCGCUGUGAUUAAGUUCAAUUGCUAUGGCUGUUGCACUCUUAAGUUAUUAUUUUGAUCGUUGGAAAUAGCAAGAAGGGGCCGGUGUCCAAAAUACAAUUAGCAAUAUCCGAGAGACGCUGCUGACCUGUCGCAGAGAUUCCCAGCGAGAAGGCCGUUCCUUGUGUGAUUAUCGUCGCUAUUGUUGUAAUGCCAUCGGUAAGUCCCACUGAUCCAGGGUUAUUAGAGGGAUCCCCUCCGCCUCCUGUGAGUCCUUCAAGUUCGAUGGAGUUAGGGGGUUCCCUGGUGGGGCUGGGGGAGAUCCCCCUGUCCUCCCAGUGUUCGGUGGAGAGUCUGGGAUCCCUGGAUAGUGGGCACAGUUCAUCCGUCGGCAAUGGUGUUGCGGAGGGCAGCCCCAUACCCAGACCUCCGAAUCCCGCGCUCGUCAUCAGUGCCAGUCCAGCCCCCCCGCGUUCCAGCAGUCCCACCUCGUCUCCCAAUUCCACUCCGACCACGUCUCCGCAUCCGGCCAGCCCCCCCCGGGGAGUCGAGAUGGACGAACUGCUGAAGCCUUACCAGCGCCCUCCGGAGAUCAGCGUCGCCGCCAUGGGCACCCAAAGCCGUCCACUGUCCAGGAUAGAUCGCUCCCUGUCGAACACGUCGACGACUUCCAUCGGCUCCAACGACACCGCGCGCUCGAACCUGACGAGCUGCAGCAACAACACGUCCGUCUCCUCGACCAACUCGACUACCUCGUCCACCACCAUCGUCACUCCCAUCAAGACCAAGGAGGAGCUCGAUGCUUACAUCGACCACCUGGACUCCCUCUGGUCCCAGGAGGACGAGUGGAUCAUGAUCUUCGACAACCUCAUCAAGAACACCGAGGCCUCCACCAGGAGCAGGCGUCAUACCCACCACAGUCACUACCACAACAGCGGCACCGCCAGCUACCACUCCUCGCCCUACCAGUCCCCUUACAAGAGAUCAGGAAAAGGAGAUGAUGACGUUGACCGAGCAAGUCGAUCUCUUCCUCGACGACCACUCGCGCUUCGUAGGAAGAUCAAAUCGGGUGGCAGUAAGUCCCGAGCCAGCAGUGCCCCUCCUGUCAGAAGAUCCGUCCUUGGAGCAUCAUUGCCCCCAAAGAGUGCCGGAGCAGGGGAGAGUGGUGGUGGUGGGACCCCCCGAGCAACAGUCAAGCGAGUCCCGUCUGUCACUCGAGGGAGAAUAGGGUCAUCAUCCUCUACCACAGCUAAUGCAGGAGCUGUGGAUGAAGCCUCCUUUUUUGCUUCUUUUGAGGAUGUUCCAAAAGUAACAAUAUAUUCAACUCGUGAAUUAGAGGAUACUCUUACUAAAUUCCGAGAAAUUAUUCAGAAUCCCAGUAAUGAUUGGGACAAGAGAGUAGACCAUUUAAAGAAAAUAAGAUCUUUGUUGAUUGCGGGGGCAGCCAGUUAUGAGGAGUUUUAUCCACACUUAAGGCUUUUAGAACCAGCGAUGCAGCUCUCUAUUAAAGAUCUAAGGUCUCAGGUAGUGAGAGAAGCAUGUGUUACUCUAGCAUAUAUGUCACAAGAGCUUCAUCACAAGGUUGAUCAUCUAUGUGAAACAGUCCUGCCAAACUUGAUAUAUUUAAUUCCUAAUAGUGCCAAGGUCAUGGCAUCAUCUGGCAUUGUUACAAUCCGUUUUAUAAUCCAAAAUACCCACCAUCAUAAACUGAUUCCCAUACUGUUGAGGGAGUUGAAUAGCAAGAACAGAGAAAUACGCAAAGUUUUAUAUGAAGUUUUGGACCAGCUUGUACACACAUGGCCAACUCAUUCCAUGGAAAAGCAUGUGAUAAUUCUUUCGGAGAGCAUAAAAAAGGGUAUUACAGAUGCAGACCCAGAAGCUAGAGCAUUUUCAAGAAAAGCAUAUUGGGGAUAUGCAGACCACUUCAAAGAUGAGGCCGACAAAUUAUUAAACUCUCUGGAUCCUAGUUAUAAGAAAAUGCUUCAAGGUGAAGCAGGCAUGUCUAAUUCUUCAUCCUCACAAUCUUUGCACAAUUCACAAAAGCCAUCAGUUGGAAGUCGUCCAGGGUGGUCACGAUCAUCAUCAACUGCUGGAAGCACUGAAAAUUUAUGUGGAAUCCCAUCAAGAUUACCCCAGAGUAGUAUGCGAAGAUCAGCUAUUCCUACAGUAUCCACACAUCGCCAACAAGAUUCCCCAGACUCCCCUGCUCCUUCCCAUACUCCCACUAGUUUCCGGUCCAACAGUGCCAUUGACCUCCAAGCAGCCAGACGUGCACAAGCCCGUUCACAGUAUGCCCAAGCCCAAAGACUAAAAAUUGGGUCUGGAGCAUCUUUACGAACAGAGGCAGACGACAAAGCUCGUCCAAGAAAAACGUCCGAUCAUCCGCCCAUAAGUUCCAUUACUUCCCCUGAUCGCAUGGGACGAUCUAGAAGUCGAGGAGGAGUUUCUCAGUCUCAGCCUGGUAGUCGAAGUGGUUCACCUUCAUCACGUUUGAGCUAUGCUACAUACGUCACAUCAGCGGGUGACACUGGUACCCUUGGUCGUACUCGACGAAGGAGUGGAAUUCCACGCAGCACCGGUACCUCAAGAGAACCGUCGCCUAAUCGAUAUAGUGGGUUGAGUAGUUUGACUUCUUCCAAGUCACGCUCAAGAUCUAUAUCUGGUGCCACUGAAAUGCCUCCUCAAGUGCCAGGAAAGACUCGUCAAGUAAUGGCCCAGAAAAUACUGCAACAGAGUCGAGAGGCAGAAAGUGCAUUAGCAGAUGCCCUUGUGAGUCUGCCACCAGGAGGAGUUCUUCGCUCUCCUAACAGAAAGAUCUACACUAAAGCCUUUGAAGACCAGUCUGAUAAUGAUAGUGAAACUUCUAGCGUCUGUUCAGAAAGAUCAUUUGAUUCGUGUCGGAGAAAUGAUCUAUUCUGGUAUGGAUCACAGCAACGUAUUCUCAAGGAAGUUUGGGAGCCAACAGCCAAGAUGCAAGAUGUUAGUGAUAUAAUUGCAAACUGUGCCUCAACACACUGGGGUGAUAGAAAAGAAGGCCUUAUGGCUUUGCAAGCAUUCCUUCGUGGUUCUCAUAUGUUGACUGGAUCUGAAUUAAGACGGGUUACGGAAAUCUUUACAAAAAUGUUUAUGGAUGCUCACACCAAAGUGUUUACCUUGUUUUUAGAUACUUUGAUGGAAUUAAUAAUGGUGCACAAGGCUGACCUUGGUGAUUGGCUGUAUAUUCUCUUAACUAGAUUACUUAACAAAUUAGGCUCUGAUCUCUUAGGGUCGGUACAAGCCAAAAUCCAUAAAACUUUAGAUUUAGUAAGAGACUCAUUCCCUUGUGAUCAACAGUUUAUAGUAAUAAUGAGAUUUUUGGUGGACCAAACACAAACACCCAAUUCGAAAGUGAAAGUGGCUUCUCUUACGUACCUUAAAUAUUUGGUAGAUGUUAUGGAAAGAAGAGACUUGACAGCUUCCCCAGACACUCCAGUGGCUUUAGCCAAAAUUCUAACUUGGACUGCAGACCAAAAGUCACUAGAUAUAAGAAGAGCAGCAUCAGCAGCUUUUAUUGCCAUGUUCAAUUGCAAUAUUACGGAGUUCACUGCAUUAUUGCAGCAGUUGCCUCCUGCAUGCCAAAAUACCGCCUCACAGAUCAUCCAAAAUCACCUAAAAAGAGCAGCAAGUCUGGAUGCCUCCCCUUCAUCCUUACCUCCUAGAACUCCUCCAAGUGCUGGUGGAACUCCUGUUCUUCAGAGCCCCAACACUUCUCUACCCAGGUCACAGCGAACUUCGAGGCAUAAUACGAUAGACUUUGAUGACACCGAAAAUCUUAAUCCAGAAGAAGUGUAUAGCCUUAGCUCACAUGGCCCAAGGAGCUUGAAGCGCACAACUGCAGAAAUUCAGAACUAUAGCUUUGACCUGGAUUUGAAUAGUAGUCGAAGAGAUAGUUUGGAAAAACAUAGAGAGUCCACUUCUCAGGAUUCUGGAAUUAGUCAGUUAUCUACAGGUGGUGGCGAUAUUCGUAAUAUCGAUACUGUAGAUGACAAAGGUAGCGAAGAUACUAAUGGGAUGCUAUCGGGCAGAUCAUCGAGUGUAUCAUCUCCAACCCACCGUAUACUUUGUACAUUAUCAGAUUCUUCAAGGAAUGGCUUAGAUACUCUUACAGAUGAUGAUCUCGGUAAAGGAGAUGGGCAGGAAAGUGAUGUAGAGGUAAUGUCAAGCGUAAUAGCAGAACUAGGUAAUACUGAAGAAGGUAGAAGUGCUGAGAAACGUGCUGCUCUCAUGUCACUUAUUAGAUUAGCACGCACAGGUUCUACCCUUGUGUGGAAUGAAAACUUUCGGGUUGUUCUUAGACUUUUAUUAGAAAGUCUAGGAUGUGAUGACGGUGGCCAGCGUGUUUUGGUGCUUGCUGUAGUAACUGAAAUGAUGAGGAGAAGUCCCUUGGUUCAUCAUUUCUUAAACUUUUCGGAGCUGAUUAUCCUGAGGGUCCUUAAUGCCCACGCAGAUGGAGUAAAAGAAGUGCUACGUGCAGCAUCUGUGUGUGCGGGUACGGUUGCUGAAAUUCUUCCACCUGAGGUAGUGAUUCGUGUCUUAAAACCCCUAAUUCAGAUGGGGGACUAUCCAGUAAACCAAGCAGCCAUCAAGAUGCUGAAUAAGCUUGUUGAGGCACAUCAACCAUCUAUUGUAGCAGCAGCAUUGCCAGAAAUCAUGCCAGGGCUAAUCAAGGCAUACGACAACAAGGAGUCAUGUGUACGGAAAGCAUCUGUCUUUUGUAUGGUGGCACUUCAUAAUGCAGUUGGUGAAGAGGCAAUGAGACCACAUUUAGAAACCUUGACUGGUUCAAAGUUGAAACUUUUGAACCUUUAUAUAAAGAGAGCAGAGACUCAAAGUUCUGGUGCAUCAUCUCCCAAGUCUGAACCUCAAACGUAAUAUAUUUCACAAGUGAUUUAGCAUUGUGUAAAAAUAUUUUUUAAACCAAUGAUUGGCCUGGUUAAAUGCCUUAGUCAUUAAAUUUUAGAAGACAACAGUUGGAUAAAUGGAAUUUUUUAAAAGCAGUUAAUGAAAAAAUAUGUAUAUUUAUUAGACUGCAAGUGAUACCAGUUUUGAUAAGGUAUGAAAUAAAAUUGUGCAUUGCUCAUAGCUCACAUUUUUUAAGAUCUGCUCGAAAUAUAAGUUGGCACAAAAUUGUUGAUGAUUUAUGGAUACAGGAAUGUGACUGUCAAGUUGAACCAAGUAGAGAAAGGGACUCAAGAAAUUCAGUGAAUGACUACUGCUGUGGUGCCAGGUGGUUCUACCAUAGUUUUAUGAGUAGUUUUACCAACUUGCUUAUUUGGCAAUCUUUGUGUGAUAGAUUACUAUGUGAUUACUGAUAACAUAGGUAAGGCUUAACAUGGCUAUGAAAUACUACACCAAUUCUAGUUGUAUAAGAAUCAGCCUUUAAGCAAUUUAAUGCUAAUGUGCCAUUAGGGGUGCAGUUAAUAUUGACUAAAGGAGAUUAAAACUUAUUUGAUGCUGUCCUCAUUUUCUCCUGCAUGGCCAUCUUUGUUCUUUUGUAAUAAAUUGUAAAUUAUUAACAAAUAAUUAGGGGCUGGGAGCUAGUCAAUUUGGGGGGAGGGGAAAGGGAUAGUUAUCUUACCUGUGUUUAUAAUCCCCGUUUAUACUGAUGAUUGUAAUGUGUCUAACCUGAAAGAGGGGAGAGUCUGACGUAAAAACGUUAACGAUGACGAUGAUGUACUAAUUGGUUAUUAUUGGUUUUUGUACAGUAAUAGUAUAAGCUAUAAAUAUUUUUUCUAAGAACUAGGAUCUGAUGAUUUGAAAGUUUGUAUUUAAUACCAUUCAGAAGAUUAAGCAGGAUGUGUGUGAGGAGGGGGUGUCACCAUUCCAGGAGUUUCCCCUAUGCACCUGAAUGCUGCUUGGUGUCCUACGCUGGUUUGCCUUGGGCUAAGCUUAAGGUGGUGUAAGAUAGUGCUGUGUAUGUAAUAUAGUUUCUGUAUAUAUAUUUUUUUGUAUGGCCAAGGAUACUAAAAAUGCUAUUAAUACAAACUAGGACCUUUUUUUUUAUUUUUUUUUAUCCGUUACUUAACCCACCCUGUUCACAGUGAACUUUUUUUUACAUGAUUGUCUAACACUUGACUCAAAAAACCAAAUAAAUAUUGAAGCUUUCUGCAAAUAUGAGAAGUUCAGCAAUUUAGAGUUCCAACAUUUUACUUUUCUUUAUUAUCUAUGAAAUAUUAGCCAUAUUUUAAUUAAUUUUAUUUUUUUCAUUUUGAAAUAUGUAUUUAUAUGGUUUUUUCUUAAGUCUUUUGCAAACUUUCACAUAAUGUAAAUUCAUAACCAACUACAAGCAUUAUUAAUGGAGAGGCCUUUGGUGUGGAACUUUGAAAUUGCUGAGCUAUCAUUGUUCCCCUGUUACAGCUGUAUAUAAUUUUUAUGUGCCAAUCAGUUUUUCUUUUGUAAUUGUGAUAGCCUAUUUUGUGGGAAUGUGAGGUUUAGAUGGAUUCAAAUUGUACUAAAGUAUUUAUCCAUUAUGUGGAUUAAAAUUUUUAAAGUUUAUUGUUUUGGUGACUAUAAGUUAAAAUUUUUUGGAAGUAGGAAAACUUUACUCUGGGCCGUGUUAUUAGAAAACUACGUUUGCUUGUUGUUAUACCAAAGAUAAUUGUAAAACAAGAAUCACAGUGCUGCCUAAUUCAUUCAAUGGUUUUAGUAUAUUGCCUUCCAAAUUUGGACAUCAGAAAUUUACCAUUAAUGUCAUGAUGCCUGAGUUUCCACAUAAACUUAUCCCUUGAGUUACAUUUUUUCAUUUCCAUCGAAAUACUGUAGUUUUUAAAUUUUAAAAAAUCCAGUGAUUACAACGGAUUUUAGCCUCUUAAUGGCUAUCACGUGAAGCCCCUUUCUUACUGUUAUGAUCUAAAUGGCAGUCUUGUGUAUUUUUGAUCACCGCUGCAGGGAUGAGAUUGGUAAACUCAAAGGCUGAAGAUUGGAGUAUGUCAUGUCUGGUUUGUCAUAUACGUGAUAUGUAUGUUGGCUGCCCAUGUGACAACUUUGCACAUUCAAUAUCCUAAUAAAUCUCAUAGUAAA